CUAAUCCCCCGUUGGUUCUAGGGUUUUCAUUCAGUCAUAAGCUGCUCCAUUUUCUUCAGUCACCAGUCUCAACUUUCUCUCUUCUUCCAUCCAAAUUGCUCGGCAGCCAUGAUCAUUAAAGAGAAGGACAGGAGAGAGAUCUGCAAAUACCUCUUUCAAGAGGGUGUGUGCUAUGCCAAGAAGGAUUUUAACUUAGCGAAGCACCCGGAGAUUGAUGUCCCGAAUCUCCAGGUGAUUAAGCUCAUGCAGAGCUUCAAAUCAAAGGAAUACGUGCGCGAGACCUUUGCUUGGAUGCAUUAUUAUUGGUACCUUACGAAUGACGGAAUUGAGUUCCUACGUACAUAUCUCAACCUCCCAUCCGAGAUUGUACCUGCCACGCUGAAGAAGUCAGCCAGGCCUCUCGGACGUCCUAUGGGUGGUCCCCCUGGUGAUCGUCCUCGUGGACCUCCAAGAUUUGAGGGCGACCGGCCACGUUUUGGUGAUAGAGAUGGAUACCGUGGUGGGCCAAGAGCACCACCAGGUGAAUUUGGAGGUGAAAAGGGUGGAGCACCUGCUGAUUACCAACCUGCUUUCAGGGGUGGUGCUGGUGGGCGUCCUGGUUUUGGCCGAGGUGCUGGCGGCUUUGGUGGGGCACCUUCAAGUUAAUUUUUCGAUUUCCUCAAUUUAGUUAUAGUUUUUUAUACGAUUUCAAAUUUUGAUUUGUGCCGAACUAAUUUUUUUCCAUGAGAAUAUCACAAGUUCUUUGAUGCCCAUAAUUUUGUUGAAUUCUUAUAUACAUUGGAUGAGUACUUGUGCUGGACUUUGUUUAAAUUAACAGUCAUGCUCUUUAGUG